UCUCUCUCUCUCUUCUCUCUAUCUCGCUCGCUUGUUCGGCAAUGGUGCUGUGGCUCGCGAGAUCGAGGUUGUCGCACCAAUUCGGCGUCAGAAUCGGCGCCGUCGACGCUCUGAGGCGGAGCCUGCUUUGGGCUCCGUCGCCCUCUCCAUCGAAUCCGACCCCGACCCCUUCUUCCCACCCGAGGCGCGGCGAUCGAUGUGGGGGUAGGGUUUUUGGCGAUCGGAGGCCUCUUUGCUCCGCUCCGAGUGUCGGGUCGAGCGACGAAGGGGAGGAUCCUCGCGAUAAUCGGGUAUUGGAUUUUCCCGGCGGAAAGGUUACAUUCAUUGCAGAAAUGAGAUUUCUUUCUGAGUCCCCAGUUGAGCGAGUCAACUGCUAUCGUGUUCUCGAUGACGAUGGACAAACAAUAUCUGGCUGUAAGUUUCAAGAGGUAAGCAAGGAAGUUGCUUUGAAAAUGUACAAUGACAUGGUCACUCUCCAAGUCAUGGACACUAUCUUCUACGAAGCACAGCGACAAGGAAGAAUCUCCUUUUACCUUACUUCCAUUGGUGAAGAGGCAAUCAACAUCGCAUCAGCUGCUGCACUUAGCUUGGAUGAUAUUGUCCUCCCACAGUACAGGGAGCCUGGAGUCCUUUUAUGGCGCGGCUUCACCCUUCAAGAAUUCGCCAACCAGUGCUUUGGAAAUAAGUCUGACUAUGGAAAAGGGCGACAGAUGCCAAUUCAUUAUGGAUCGAACCAGCUGAACUACUUCACAGUUUCAUCCCCUAUAGCUACACAGCUCCCUCAUGCUGCUGGAGCAGCUUACUCCCUCAAGAUGGAGAAGAAGAAUGCAUGUGUUAUUACCUAUUUUGGCGAUGGUGGCACCAGCGAGGGAGAUUUCCAUGCCGCAUUAAACUUUGCUGCUGUGAUGGAGGUCCCAGUAAUAUUCUUUUGCCGUAACAAUGGUUGGGCAAUCAGUACCCCGACAACAGAACAAUUUCGAAGUGAUGGUGCUGUUAUUCGUGGCCAGGCUUAUGGGAUGCGAAGCAUCCGUGUAGAUGGAAACGACGCUCUUGCGGUUUAUAGUGCAGUGCAUGCUGCCCGUGAGAUGGCUAUAAGUGAAUGUAGACCCAUUUUAGUAGAGGCCCUAACUUAUAGAGUGGGCCAUCACUCCACAUCGGAUGACUCGACCAAGUACCGGCCAAUUCACGAGAUAGAGCACUGGAGAACGGCACGAGAUCCAAUCUCGAGAUACAGAAAAUGGAUCGAAAGGAACGGCUGGUGGUGUGAUGCAACGGAAUCAGAACUUCGAAGCCAAGUGAGGAAGGAGCUAUUGCAAGCUAUUCAGGUUGCAGAGAGGGUGGAGAAACCGCCGCUGUCUGAUUUAUUUACGGAUGUUUACGAUCGAGUUCCUUCCAACCUAAUCGAACAAGAGAAGUCGCUUCGCGAGACGGUUAAAAAGCAUCCUGGGGAUUACCCACCUGAUGUACCUGUUUAGGGGAAUCGAUUUGGUAAUGCUUAUAUUCAAUCUCACCAACCCCCUAUUACUAAAUGAUCAAUAAAGGCCAUGUGGUGCAUAUAGGUAUAUAGUCAUCUGUGGAUUAAUUUGGUGAAUAAUGAAAAUUAAACGUCGAGAAAUGAAGUAUUUAAAGAGGCCUAUUUUAGGAGCUCUAAAUCCUUGUAUGUUUCUAUGAGCUGAGUGAAUCUCUCUCUCUCUCUCUC